AUGCCGGAUUACACGCAGUUCAUCAAGUACUUUAACGAGUACCCGAACAUCCCACCAAGUGAGACCUCUGCGUAUAGUCGACUAGCCGACACUACGUGGCGUCUGCUCACAGCUACUGACAAGGAAAGUACGGGCACGAAGGCAUCAUCUCGUUCCGACGCCAACAUCACCACGGGACCAACAUGCCCGCCCAUUGUUGUUGGGCGCUUACUUGUUUCCACGGAGGACCGCUGGCGUAUACAGGCACACAUGCGACGUGAGGAGGCGAAAGCUGGAGCCGGUAGGAAAGAAUACAAUAAAAAGGUGACACGGGCUGCUAAGCCAACGAAGGGUCCGGCACCCGGCGAAGGUUUCCCUCCGGGGCGCGGUCGGCCCGUGUGA